AUGGCUCCUGGUAAUAAAGAGCGUCACCCAGGGCAUACGGGUACUAUACCCAAAACAAAAGCACGAAACAACUGUAACGUACCGCAAGAAGCAGUGACACCAACGAGACGAGACAUGACAACGAAUCUGGUGACGACUUCUUUGGAUUGGGUCCCUGUUUCUGAGUACAAUACAAGAACUAAUUGUAACCAGUCAAGAAAAUCAACCAACAAUACUUCAGAUCAAGAAUUAACAGAUUUAGACAACUCUGUUUCAUUUGAAAGUGGGUUUGGAAGGUUUGUUCCUGUAAGGCCUCAGCCGCGUGCAUUACCCUUGACUGUCCAGAAUAGAGACAACAUUUCGGCUGACCACAAUGAUGAUGGUGUAGGAUCAUCUAUUUCUUCACACACAUUACAUCACUUUCAAAAUGGAUUAAUUCCUCAUUCCAAUCAUGCUGCCGCUGCUGUUAUGAUAGUGAAUCCAACAACACCAAAUGCUGUAACAGGGAAUAUGUCUCAACCCUUUAAUGCACCAAACCAAAAUAGGAAUAAUUUGACAAGGACAUUGAAUUCCACACGCAACACUUUUGACGCCAACACACAGGCCAACAACAAUAAUAUCACACCACCAAUUUCCAAUUCAAGGUCCGUUACUAAAACAAUUAAUUUGAUGAACAACAUGUAUGACCAAGGACAAGGAAGUUUUAAUAAUUUGAAUGAAAAUAAUCAGGUUCGUAGGGAGUCUGCAAGAGCUCUCGGUGAGGCUAUUGUGGCAGCGUGCCCAGAUGCUGCCUCAGUGGAGCGAAGGCUUGGACAAAUAAGAGAAUACAUACGAGUGACAUCUUCCCUUGUGGAUACUAUGCGCAAUUCCGAAGAUGAGGCGUUUAUAGAACAAACUAAAGAAGAAUAUGAUGAACUUGUUGAAAUGGUGAAUAAACUAGUUGACAGUAAAUGCAAAUUGGAAAUGAUGCUUACUGAUAUUUCUCCAGAUAAUAUAGAAGUUCCAUCCGAAGAAUCAAACACUUCCAAUAAUGUUGUCAUAAUAGAUAAUGCUAGCUCUGAAAAUGUCCGUCUUGAUACUACAACUAAAGAACCUAAUCCUGAUCAAGGUUCUAAAAAUAUCAACGAGAUUAGCCUGAGCACUAAUCUAAAAAAAGUGACGAACAUAGAGAAUGAACAAUUGAAUAAGUCAUUGUCUAAUUCUAAAGUGAACGGAGACAACGGCUCGAAAGAUACAUCCAAAUCGAAUGAAAAGAAUUAUGCCGAAGAGAAUAAGGAUACAGGGGGCGUCGAGAUUGUGGAGUUAGAGUCGUUUGCUUGUGGUCACAAUGACCCCAAGCAUAACGAUAAAUGCCUAAAUGAUGAGCUGAGAAAAAAUAUAAUGUCUUGUGCAGAAAAGGUUGCAUUGAUAGAGGAAAUGAAAAAUAAACAUAAUGACAACCAACACCAACAGGACGUCGUUGUCAGGCCCAUAUCCGUCCAUAGCAACGGGUCGACGUACAGCGAAAGCGAGCUGUGGCAGAACGAGAUUAAAAACAAAAUGGAAAUGUCGCAGGUGCGCCUGUCGAUUUUGAAAGACCAGCAGAAGCGCCUGUUGAAGUACCAGGCCGAGGCGAAACAGCAACUAGAAGAGAUGAAGGAGAGACAAGCACAAGAAAUGCAAACUGGCGUUAACGACAAUUUUGUCGGCAUGCAGAACAUGGCGUUCGGCAACUACCAGCAGCCGAGCCGCAUGUACGGCGCCAACCAGGUGGGCGUGGCGACGACGCUGCCCCAAACAGCCGAUGGUGCCCACCAGAUGGCGCCCACCACCAGCGCCGAGGGCCAGGGCCGGAGUGAGGAGCGCUUCUCCAUCAGGGACGCAAAUCUCACAAGCGCCGAGGAGGCGGCUGGUGAGGCGGGUGAGGGGGGCGGGGUGAGCAGCGAGCCCGAGGAGGAGGAGAGCGUGCUGCACGAGCGCGGAAGGGCCUUGCAGAUGAAGCUGCGCAAGCUGCAGCUCAAGAAGCAGCACAUGGAGAACCUGGUGUCGGAGUUCCAGAAGCUGCAGAUGGUGACCGGGCUGGCGAGCUCUCGCAACACCUAUUCCAGUUCCGGCGAAGACAGCGCCGACGAGGAAACAUCGGGAAAAUUGAGCAACAAAGCCGGUGGGAGUAUGAAAAACGAGGAUCCAUUUAAACUGAUGGAGAUUAACGCCAUCAAGACUGCUUUGCAAAAAACUAAAGAUCUGAUGAGGUCAGUGGAAACAUUCGAAACGGAACACCUUGCGAAUUCCCAUGAGGAAUCCUACGCUAUGUCUAACCAUUCUAACAUACAUGAUAAUAAAUCGGAUGGCGGCGGCAGUUUGGCCGGAUGGUCCAACGAGGGCAGCGUGUGCCGCGUCCGGAACACCCUUCCGCAGCGGCACAAGUUCACCAAUGAGCAGCACCAGCAACAGCAGCAGCUGCAGCAGCUGCACCAACAGCAAAUGCACCAACAACAAAUGCAGCACCAACAACAACAAAUCCAGCACCAACAACAGCAAAUGCAGCACCACCAGCAGCAACAAGCGCAGCAUCAACAACAACUUCAGCAACAACAACAGCAGCACCACCAUCAACAGCAGCCACACCACCAACAGCUGCAUCAACUCAAUCCCCAACAACAAAGCCACGAGGCGAACAUCGCAAGCCUUCAAGAGCUGGCGCAGGAGCUGCGGCUGGAGACGGAGAAGAUAAUGGGCGAGCGCGCCAGGAUCAAGGACAUGGUCUCCAAUAAGGAGGUGAGCCGCAAGCAGAAGAAGGUGAACGAAGAGGCGAGAGAGGUGCGGGAGGCGAGGGAGGCGAGGGAGGCGAGAGAGGCGAGAGAGGCGGGCCCCGGGCCGGCCGAGAGGCGCCAGCUGCAGCUGCGGGCGCUGCUCGCCGACAAGCAGAGGGAGCUCGAGGCGCUGCUCAACAAAGAGAAGGUGCUCUGUGCGUCGGACGCUCAUAAAAAUCCCGACUCGCGAGCAAUGUCCGAAGUAAACCAGUCAUACAACAGCGAGCAAGAAGAGCCGGAAUCUAGAUCUGAACAACUUCCUUUGGACUCGCAAAAUCUGAGGGACAACGAAAACUAUCGGGGCGGCGGUGAAAGCGCAAUUUGCGGACGAUCCAUAAACACGGUACCAUCGCGACUGGAAAGCGCAUACGGUAGCGAUACGGACAGUGCGUCCAGGAACAAGUCGAACCAGCGAAACAGAGCGAGACGUCGCCAGACCCAGGAGCGACAGAUCGAGGACAACACUUCCCAGGUGAACUCGACCGCGCCGAGAGCCGAACCCGCCACCAGCGGUAUGGCCCCCACCAUCGCGCACAACGACGCCCCAUCGAAUAUGCCGUACGGUCACCUGCCGCCGCAAUGCUGGAACGGCACCAAAUCCAAUCAGGACGCGCGCAGCAACCAGUUCACGCAGAACAGCCACUCGCAGACGAUGGAGCGGCUGAUGGCGACGCCGCAGCUGCCCUUCCCGCCGGCGCUGCCCUACGGCAUGGUGCUGCCCUACGGUCUGUUGGGGGCUGGCGGCGGGUGCGGCUGCGCGGCCUGGGGCGCCUGGUGCUGGCAGCAGCUGGCCCUGCAGCAGGCGGACAUACACCGCCUCAGGGACCAGCUGGCGCACUUAGAAGAACGCUGGCGCGCCGAAACCGCUUCCCACACGCUGAACAACCAGGUGCCCCCCGGCAACCGAGCUAACAACUACUGGGACAACUUUAGAAGCUACUCCCGCCAGAACCUGCUGUCGGCCAACAGCAAAACGAACGCGGACGGGCACUUGGGCUCCAGCGGAGCGCACAACCCCCACCCGCUGGUGGAGCGCUCGCACAACACGCUGCACCACACCUCCACCUCCACCUCGCCCUCCGUCACCCCCAAGAGGAACAGCAACGCCGCCGGCCCGGCGCAGCCGCCGGCCGCCCCGCCCCCUCAGGCCAACAACGAGGACCCACCCAACAGGCACCGGAACGUCACCUACGAGAGGUCCCUCUCCUUCUCCUCCGCCCCGGACGUGCUCAACGUGAACCAGAACAGCGAAUCGGAGACCGCCCCCCACCCGAGGAACGUCGACGACGCCGCCGCCCCCAACGUGAACCUCAACCGGCAGGAGGCGGCCGCCAACUUCCGCAACCUGAACAUAACCAACCCCAUACCGGAAAUAAUACAGUCGCACGCGAACAACCUGAACAACACCGCGAACAGCAAGAGGAAGUCCUCGACGAAGCUGCCGGCUAAGAACUCGACCAACAGACGCAACUGCUCGUCGCUCGACUUCUCGCAGACGAGCAACGUCAACAUAGCCGGCACGUCGGAAGCGCCCAACCCCAACCUGGCCUCGACCAGCCGCGAGGUCCAGGAGAAGGCCACCUCGAAGCUGUUCGAUCUAUUGAGGGAGAACGUCUACUCCGAAGUGACGACCCUGAUUGGGGUCAACGAGUCCCAUCCGGACUUCCUCAUACAGCUAUUCAGGGAGCUGCAGCUGAUCAGCUCGGAUCCGCUGCGCCAGAAAGUGCUGCAGUCCAUUCGCAACGUGCUCCAUUCGUACAGCUCAAUCGUCGAAAACCAACGCAACGACGACGGGGAGGAGUGCGACGCGGACGCCGUCACCACCACGUCCGACGACGCGGCGAACUACCACGGUUGCAACUCCCACUCGGUGCAGAGCGCGAUGCAGAUCGACAACAAGAUCGUUCGCUUCCUGCUAAUAAAGAGCGACGAGAUAUUCACCUCGGAACUGCUCGAGGCACUGGCGUCGCUCAUAAUUAGCAGCGCGACGGACUGCAAGCAGCCGAAGAAGAGGCUCCUGGAACUGCUGUCGAAAUAUGAGGGGAUGCGUGUCUGUGAUAUAUCCGGCGACAUCAUCGAGAGCCUCCCACUCUUCAUAUCGGGGAGCAGCGAAGGCGACGACUCCGCCCACCUCACCAGCGAGAUGUCCGAAUCCUCCAUCCUCCAGGACGUGGCCGGCUCCCUCAACCUGUUCAGCUCCAGCGAGACGCAACUGCACCAGCUCAACGGCUGCCCGUACGACAUGUGGCCUGCCCACGCCCACGCCCACGCCCACGUGCACGUGGACCUGGACGGCGCAGACUCGAACGGGGCUCGGAGCCAAGAGGGCAAAGUGGACCUGAUCGACUGUUCAGAGAUGAACAACGGCGACUUGGCCGAAGCGGACCAAAGCUGCCACGCAGACGUCGCAGAAAUCGGCGCGAAUAGCAACGACGAGGUGUCGAACAACGCGGAGGGCCUGCCCGAUGUCGUGGACACUGACGAAGUCACCCCGACAGAGGCGGAAGCAGAGUGGCUCGGGCUUGACCGUGUGCCAACAAGGCUGCACACAGAAGAAUCAUCUGAAAAGCAAAAAGAU